AUGAAGGCUCUCCGACGCUCGCUGAAAGGGGAGAAGGAUCCCAAACCCCACCACCACCACCAUCUGUCCAUUACGCCCAAAUCCGCCGUCGCCAUUCUGCCUCCAAAGAAGGUCAUCAAGGCGCUCUACGAUUACCAGCCCGAACCAGGGAACAAUCAGGAAUUGCCCUUCAGCAAGGGAGAUUUCUUCCACGUUAUUAGCAGGGAGGACGACUCGGAUUGGUACGAGGCGUGCAAUCCCCUUAUCCCUACCGCCAGGGGGUUGGUCCCAGUAUCCUUCUUUGAAGUCGUCGGCAAAACCCAACGAGACAGCAGCGGAUCCGUCGACCUUGGGAACAAGAAAGAACCUCACGAUUCGGGUUUCGCUGACCGGGCUACUUCUUCAGGCUCUGAAUUCGGCUCAGGCAGCUCAAAAUCUUAUCAAUCGCACCCCGCAUUUCCCAGGAUAUCAAUGAUGGGCAAAGCUGGUGGAGGGGCGAUGGUCUAUGGCAUCGUCCAGUACGACUUCCAGGCAGAACGUCCAGAUGAGCUGGACGCCAGGUCGGGAGAGGCAAUCAUCGUCAUCGCCCAGUCAAACCCCGAAUGGUUCGUCGCAAAACCCAUCGGUCGCCUCGGUGGCCCGGGCCUUAUCCCCGUGUCUUUCGUUGAGCUUCGCGAUAUGCAGAGCGGGCAGGCAGUCACCGACCCGCUUGAAGCCGUCCGGCGCGCUGGUGUUCCCAAGGUGGAGGAGUGGAAGAAAAUGACUGCGGAGUACAAGAACAGCAGCAUCACCCUAGGCAAGAUCGAAGCGGCUGGCUCGAUGCAAUCCGUUCAAUCUGGCAUGGAGAGAAUGUCAGUGCGGCAGAGUGCAGACCAUAUGAGCCACAUGAGCCAGAACGGCCAAGGGUUUCACAAUCGUAAUGCCAGCAAGGCAUCUCUCGCUCAACCAACCGUCCAUCAACAUCAACCAUCACAGAGUCUCAUCCAACCUCUCGUCGCACCUGUUGCUGCGUCAAUCCCUCGUUAUUGUUUCGACAACGAUAAAUAUUGGUACAUUAUCGAAGUUAAGAUGGAAGAUGGUCGCUGCUGGGAACUGUCCCGAUACUAUCACGAUUUUUAUGAUUUCCAAAUCUCUCUAUUGACCCAGUUCGAGGAGGAAGCGGGCAAUCGCGGCAAACCUCGAACUUUGCCAUUUAUGCCUGGUCCUGUCGCCCACGUCACCGAUGCGAUCUCCGAUGGCCGUCGUCAUAAUCUGGAUGAAUACAUCAAGAAGCUUCUGUCUAUGCCUCCUCACAUCACCCGAUGCCCUCUUGUUCGUCAGCUGUUCGCUCCUCGGCAGGGCGACUUCGAGAUCGACCCUAGUGCUUUUGGCGAAGAUGCAAGGUUCUCAGGUGGCUCGCAACAGUCUGACCAUGAGAUCUCCCCCAGUGCAUCUAGACAGUCUUCGCAAACACAAACGGGCGGGCCUUCCGAACGCAGCUCACACUCGCACUCCGCCUCGCACUCACACCAGCGAUCCCAGCCGUCUAACUCCCACCUCAACGGAAACCCACCUCCAAUGAUCCGCCAGCAGAGCUCGCUCACACAAGUGUCCACAACUUCCGGCAGCGGAGCGCUGAAAGUCAAGGUCUUCUUCCAGGAUGACCUGAUUGCCAUUCGAGUUCCGGGUGAUAUCAAUGCCCAGCAGCUCAAAGAAAAACUCAAGGAUCGCUUGAAGAUCACUGAAGACAUCGUGGUACAAUACAAGGAUGAGCCUUCUGGCACCUACGUCGACCUUGUCAGCGACAACGAUCUCGAUACCGCUAUUCAACGAAAUUCUAAACUCACCCUUUAUGUCGGACUUGCAUAG